GGAAUUGAGAAGUUGAUUAUACUUUUGUAAUUCAGAAAACUUUGGUUCUAUUGUUUUGUGUUGCUUUGUCUUGGAAAAUGGUAAAUAUAUAUGUGCAAUCUGUUAAAUAUUGAGAAAGAACCUAUUAGGGCUCUUGGUUACUGGUGCAGCAGGUAAGAGUAGUUAAUUAGUUUUUGUCUUUUUUUUUUUUUUUUGCUGAAGUGAAUAAUAAUCCAGUUUAUCGGGUUUUAUUACUGUACAGGAAAUAUAUGGAAUGCAAUUGCUCCAAUGAUUUUCCAGUGGCAUAAUGCUAGGUCCAGACCAACAUUGUUGGUUAAAAGUUAGUGGCUUAAUAAAUAAAUAUAUGUAUAGGUUAUCAAUCAAUAUGGGCGUUUGGUCUAGUGGUAUGAUUCUCGCUUUGGGUGCGAGAGGUCCCGAGUUCGAUUCUCGGAACGCCCCUGUGUUUUUUUACCUGGCCAGCUGUAAAUGUAAUAACUGUGUCCAACUUAAUGAGAUUAGAGGCUUAGUUAAGAAUGGCCUAUGGAACCAGCAUUUUUUUAUGGGUUAUGGAUUAUAUAGACCAUCGAUCUUGUUUCGCAGCGAGCCCUGAAGGAAGUCCUCUUAGCCCCUUGUUGCAUUUCACAGCUUCUCUCUCCUGAAAGCAUGGGAUUAAAGCUUAAGCCUAUCAAAACUCGACUCUCGGCUUAAGUGUGUGUGUGCGCAACUACUUAUUCGUUGGUUCUAGUUUCACUGAGGGAGAAUCUUAGGGCUUUUGUACAUAUAUAGAACAAACACUAAGGAGAUUUGAGGAAAAGAGGAAGAAGGAACAUUCAUCAAGCCAUCCUUAUAACACAUUCUUUUGUAGUCAGCCACUUGACAGCAAUUCUUUUGUUAAGAAGCGACAAAUGUUGUUUCAUUACUUCAUUUUUUUUGUAUAUGUAAAAUGUUUUGUUGUUGUAACAUUGAACAACUGUUUUGUGAAUGGACUCUGCAUAUUAUGUAAUCCAUUUUUCAAUAAUAAAUGUGUAUUGUAUUGUAUAUCAAAGAUGGCGUCGCUUCCGUUAUUUACUUUGUUCCAAGCUGUAGUCAUAUGCGCACAAAAGCAUUGCUUCUGCUGCCUCAGCUUCGCUCUUAGUUCUAAUCUGAUAAUCACAGUGAGGUAUAGAAACAAUCACGUGAGUAGCAUCACAGUUGUAUACUUUCUUUAGCAUAACUCAAAGGAGAAAAUAUAAACCUGGGCCCAUCUAUACUUAAUUGAUCAAGACUUGUUUCCAGAAUAUGUCCUCAAAUAGAGCCUGCUUAUUGUUGUUAAUCCAGUUGACAUAUAGCGCAAAAGAUCACCAGAUCAUCCAUAUUCAUGGAGUCUAGAUCUAACGCAUUUAGAAUGUCCUACAUAUGCAUCAAGAACAAUCUCUCGACCUUGGUCUUCACCCAUUCCUAACCAAGCUCAUAAAGACCCGUAUAAAAUUGAUCAGGGAAUGUCAUGGACUCUUUAUCUGUCCUAUCAGAAUCUGUGUAUGAAGUUCCAGUUUAGCAACAAACAUCACACAACACAGAGAUCAACUUUUAUAAUAAAUUUUGUAUAGUAUAUAGAUAAGACUGAAAUCAAACUCAUUUUAACUUGUAAUGUACACAAUAAGACAGAAUGGUCUAGUUAGGUCUAAACGUGACAAUUUCUAAUAGAAGUUGACCAAUGCAAAUGACCAGAGCUUAGUUUUUUUUCUUCCAACUAAUCCAUGAUCAGUUCCCUUAACUCAACUGUGGAUAUCAUAGGAUCCUAAAGGGUUUGAGAGGAAAACACAAGACGGACACCAUGUUUAGUCUGCUUGUAAUCUUCUAUCUUGUCGCCAUAGCCGAAUUCAUUUACAAUCAACCUGGUGACAAUAAAUUAUGAGUUAAGUGAAUGACUUCUUCUUUAAUUAUAACAUGAAAAAACAUAUAUUUUAUUGGUUAGUCUACUUUCAUGCUGCCAUUAUUUCACUUUUGUAACAGUAUUAUCAGUAUAUAUAUAUAUAUAUUAAUUUAAAUAAAUCACAAAAUAUUUAUUCAUUUCUAGUGAUAAGAUACAUGACAUGAUAUAUUCGAUUACAUCACUAGAGUUGAUUUAUUGAAGCACCUUAUCAUGUUUUAAUAAAGUAAAAAUCAUCUUUACCAUACUUUUUUUUCUUUACCAUACUUACUUUUCUCACUUUCUCCACUGAAAUAUAUAAAGCAACAUAUAUGAAAAGCAUGCAAGUGCAACGUUCAACUCCAUAAUGAUAAUCAAUCAUCUUUUACUUUUCUCAUUAUAAUCUUUUGAAUGAAUGACGAGAAUCGAGUCUACGAUGUUCUUUAUCAUAAAGGAUGAAAACUUGGCCAUAACUUGACAAUGAAGAAACAAACGGUCUUAUCUUUAAAAAUUCAAGAAAAAAAGUGUGAUAAUGACUUAAGGAUUAUCCUUUGGAUUCUUUUUACUCUCUUUAUUAUUAAUUAGAAUAAAGCAGAGUCCUUUGUGAAUCUUUCUUUAUUCGAUUUUGUCCUUUCUGGAAUAAAAUUGCAGUGGCAAAAUAAAGAAAGAUGAAGAAGGAAUCCAAAAUACUUCUAAUUUGUCCUUUUUACUUAGAUUUUUUAUUUUUAAAUCAUCCUUUUGGACAUUUCAUUUCUUCUCUUACCAACUUCCUCUGAUCUUGUAGAAGAAAAGAGUGUUGAAAAUCCAAAAUCUGACUUACAUCGUCCAUCUUUUGGGCCCACCAACCAACAAAAGAUGAGUAGAGUUUUCUUGUUUUCUAUAGUAACGCAAUGCUCACACCAUUUUCAUGGAGCUUAAAGUCUUCUAACUAAACCCAACCAAUGCUUUGAAAGAGAGAUAGAGAAUGUGAGUGAAAGAGAUAUAAUUUAGAGUUUGGUUCUAUUAAGAGAAAGUGUGGGUUCUUGUGCUGUUGUGUUUUGUGCAUAUGUUAUUCUUGGGUUUCUCUACAUAAAGUAUAGUUUUUAGGGACACUGAAUCUCACACACUUAUACACACUCACACACGCGAAAAAAGAAGGGUUUAGAUUAAGUGGGAAGUGCUAAAAGUGUGUGUAAUUGCAAAGGUCGAAGAACAAGAAGUUUGGGGAGGUUUAGGGUUCCUUUCAGUUUCUUUGUUUGUGAAUAUCUUAGUCUUGAGAAUGAAGCAUAAGGGUUGUAAAGAGAGAAGUGUAGUAGUGGGGAAGAAAGUAAUGGUAGCUGUUAGAGCUUCAAAGGAAACCUCAAAAGCAGCUCUUCUAUGGACUUUGACUCAUGUUGUUCAACCUGGAGAUCGAAUCAGGCUUCUUGUUGUUGUUCCUUCCAAUUACACAAGUAAAAAUAUUUGGGGGUUUUCGAGACUAACCACCAAUUGUGCAUUAGGACAUGGAAGAUUUCUUGCUGGAACUAAUUCAGACCAAAAAGAUGAUAUUCAUGAGUCUGUUUCUCAGAUGAUGUUCCAGUUACAAAAUGUUUAUGAUGCAGACAAGAUAAACGUCAGAAUCAAAAUUGUUUUUGCUUCACCUGAUGGAGUCAUUGCUACUGAAGCCAAGAAAUCCAAAUCAAACUGGGUGGUUUUAGACAGGGGACUGAAGUAUGAGAAAAAAUGCUGUAUUGACCAACUUGAGUGCAAUCUUGUUGUAAUCAAGAAGUCACAACCAAAGGUUAUUCGUCUCAACUUGGUGAAGAAUGCAGAUACAGAGCAUCUAGAAGCUAUUUCCAGGCUAACCACAAAGUCUAUCCUCUCCCGGAGAAGCUCAAGACCUGGAAGAAAGCUGAGGGAACCCUUUGUGACUCCAGCUAGCAGUCCAGACCAAGAAGGUUCUGAUAUGGGGACUUCAUCAAUAUCUAGCUCUGAUGCAGGAGCUUCACCGUUUCUUGCUUCUCAAGUCUUUGAAGGCCUUAACCCAUGGGUCAGUGAUGGAAACAAGAGUUUCUUUGAAUCUGAUACUGACUCAAAUGGAGAAAACUGGAGUCCUAUAUCAAUGGCCUCCUCCUCAUCUUCCCAUCCUGUGAAAAUAUCUAAUAUCCUGAGUCCCAGUGGUGAUCUGACAAUACCUCAUACAGAAACUCCAAGAAAAUCAAGAUUUGCUUCGGUUCUAAGACUCGGUUCAUCCAAGAAAGAACCUGAUGUCCGUAAACCGGAUACAUGCUUAAAUAAAAGCGUGAGGGAAGUGGUUUCCUUAUCAAGAAAGCCAGCUCCUGGACCUCCUCCACUAUGUUCCAUAUGUCAACACAAGGCACCUAAAUUCGGAAACCCUCUGAGAUGGUUCACUUAUGGAGAGCUGGAGACAGCAACAAAGGGUUUCUCUAAAGGGAGUUUCUUGGCUGAAGGUGGGUUUGGUUCUGUUCACAGAGGAACUUUACCAGAUGGUCAAAUCAUUGCUGUGAAACAGUAUAAGAUUGCUAGCACACAAGGUGAUAAAGAGUUUUGCUCUGAAGUUGAGGUCUUAAGCUGUGCACAACAUAGGAAUGUUGUAAUGCUCAUUGGACUAUGUGUGGAGGAUGGGAAGAGACUGCUGGUUUAUGAGUAUAUCUGCUAUGGUUCUUUGCAUUCUCAUCUUUAUGGUUUGGGGAAAGAGCCGUUAGGAUGGUCAGCGCGGCAAAAGAUUGCGGUUGGAGCAGCUCGUGGGUUGAGAUACCUUCAUGAAGAGUGUAGAGUUGGUUGCAUUGUUCAUAGGGAUAUGCGUCCUAACAACAUUCUCCUCACUCAUGACUUUGAGCCUUUGGUUGGAGAUUUUGGACUAGCGAGAUGGCAACCAGAUGGAGAUAAAGGAGUGGAGACAAGAGUAAUUGGAACUUUUGGGUACUUAGCACCUGAAUAUGCACAAAGUGGACAGAUUACAGAGAAGGCAGAUGUGUACUCUUUUGGGGUUGUGUUAGUUGAGCUUAUCACAGGAAGGAAAGCUAUGGACAUUAAGCGUCCUAAAGGUCAACAGUGUCUCACCGAAUGGGCAAGACCGUUGUUGCAGAAACAAGCCAUGAGGGAGCUUCUUGAUCCGCGUCUAAUGAAUUGUUACUCUGAGCAGGAAGUUUACUGUAUGGCGCUAUGUGCUUACCUCUGCAUUCGCCGUGACCCUAACUCAAGGCCACGAAUGUCUCAGGUGUUGCGGAUGUUAGAAGGAGACGUUGUCAUGAGUCCAAUAUAGAAGCUACACAGGGAAAGGCAUGGAGUUUGUAGACUAUUUAGAGUUUUUACAGCUUUCUUGUUAAUGAGUAUUGUUUUUGUUAUGUGUAAAAGUUUGUUAAUGAGACAAAGAUUCAAGUGAAGUUUGUUUGUUGAGAGUUUUGUGUAGGUGGAUCUGUGAACUUUGUAAUUUAUUAUAAAAUCAUAUUUUAUAAGAUUGCUGCAAAACUUAUUGGAAAA